AUGAUCGCGGCCGUGGCGUUGGGACUGCUUCAAGCGGCUGCGGCGAUGGCGGCUGCGGCUGCGGCUGCACCGGGCGAGUUCCGGUUGACCGUCCUGCACACCAACGACCUGCACUCGCACUACGACGAGACCUGCCGAGGCGGCGGCGGCGGACCGUGCGGAGUGGCCGGCGGCCACGGCGGUUUCGCCCGGUUGCGCGGCGCGCUGGACGCCGAACGGGCGCGGGUGGCCGCGGACGGCGCGCCGCCGGCCGUCGUCCACCUGUACGCCGGCGACACGUUCCACGGCACGCGGUUCUACGACGUGCUCCGCUGGCAGCCGGCCGCCGAACUGGUCGGCGACCUCGGCGUGGACGCCAUGUGUUUGGGAAACCACGAGUUCGAAGACGGCCCGGAAGGCCUGGCGCCGUUCCUCAAGUCCAAGAACAUAAGUUCCAUACCGAUAGUCGUGGCGAACAUCAACACCGAAGGGGAACCGAGUUUAACGAACAUCCAGCCGUCCACGGUCCUCGAGGUCGGAGGGCACACCGUGGGCGUGAUCGGUUACCUGACACCGGACACGGAAUUUACGAACAAAGUGGGCAGAGUCCGGAUAUCCGACGAAGUUCAGAGCGUCAGGACCGAAGUGGCCAAGUUGAAAAGCGCCGGGGUGGAGUUCAUAAUAGCCCUGGGUCAUUCCGGUCUAGAAAUGGACAGACGUGUGGCCAGAGAAGUGGACGGCGUGGACGCGGUGGUCGGAGGACAUUCGCAUUCGUAUCUGAUCAGCGGGCCACCUCAGGACGAAGAAACGCCGGUCGGGCCUUAUCCAGUGAUCGAAAAAAGGGGCGAACAAAUCGUGCCCGUGGUGCAAGCGUACGCGUUCGCCAAAUACUUGGGAAAAUUGGUUUUGACAUUUGACAGGAAAAAACGUUUGGUCAGUGCCGUCGGAGGGCCAAUUUUACUGGACCGAACCGUUCCUCAAGACGCGAAAAUGUUGGAAAAAGUCGAACACUACAAGCGACUGUUGGCGGAACAAUCCGUCGAUAAAGCCGUCGGAAAAACUCAAGUAUUUUUGGACGGCAACUGUAAGUGCGAGGAGACCAAUUUGGCCAAUUUAAUCGCCGAUUCGUUUAUACGCGGGAAUUUAAACGACUUGUUGAAGACCAACGUGACCGUAAGUGGCUGGACCGAUGCCGCUGUAGCGAUUGUCUUGAGCAGUAGUAUUCAUAAUUCAAUAGACGCUUCGAAAAAGCAAGGCGUAAUAUAUGAAGAUGACAUUCAGCGAACGUUGCCGUACAAAACUCCUCUGUGCAAGGUGACCAUUACUGGAAAGACUCUGCUGAAAUCACUGGAGCACAGUGCGUCAAUGUAUGAUUACAGAAACUGUUCAAAUCCGGAAAAUAAAAUAUACGGAGGUUUCAUGCACAUGUCAGGAAUGCACGUCACUUACGACAAGAAAAACGCCGUCGGGUCCAGGGUGAAGUCUGCUACGAUACGUUGCUCGGAAUGUAAGUUGCCGUCGUACGAGCCGAUCAAUCCGGACAAAAAGUACACGUUGCUCAUGUCCAAGUACGUGGCAAGCGGUGGCGAUCGGUACGAAAUGAUCAAGGACGAAUCCAUUGGCACUAACUGUAUGGAUACCACAGAAACAGACGCCUUUUUAUCGUACGUCAAAGAAAUCAAACCAAUUUACGCUGGAAUAGAUAACAGGAUCAAAAUAUUAAAUCACUAA